AUGGGACAGGAGACUGCGGAAAAGAGUCAACCCUGCUCUGGGUUCCUUCCGAGAUGGGGCUUCAAGGAGACAAUCUUCCUCAUCAAGCAACUCAGCGCUACGCCUACAAUCCCCGCGCAGCGAACGGCCGAAGAAAUCGCCCAAGAUGGCACGCUUGAUCCGCAGGCGGCCCUUCGCGCCAACAAGGAAGUCUUCUUCUUCCGCUUGGAGCGUGAAAUCGAAAAAGUGAAUGCUUUCUACCUUCAAAAAGAGUCCGAGUUUUCAUUAAGGUUGAAAACGCUGGUCGAUAAGAAACGUGUCAUUCAAUCCCGGACGGUCUCAAAUUCCAAGGUCUCCUCAAAUUUCGUGGCCCUGUUUGAAGGGUUUCUCCAGUUCGAUGGCGACUUGAACAAAUUGCAGCAAUUCGUUGAGAUCAACGAGACUGCCAUGUCGAAGAUUCUCAAAAAAUGGGACAAAACGUCAAAGUCACGGAUGAAGGAGCUGUACCUGCACCGGGCGGUGGAAGUGCAGCCUUGCUUCAACCGUGAAGUCCUGCGAGACUUAUCUGAUCGAGCCACCACGGCUCGCCUGGAGCUGGAGGCCUGGGCAGAAGGGGAGAAUCUACAGUUUGACACUUCCAGGCCGAUUGAGCGAUCCGUCGGUGCUUCUGGGACGGAGGAAGAGGAGUCGGAUUUGCAGAUCCUACAAUCGGCGUCUUUGGGCAAUCUACAAAGCCUGCGCGAGUGGAUCGCCAAGCUGCCCUCUCUCCCCGAUCCGCACGAACGUGCGACGAGAACCUUCCUGAAUGCGAUCAACAGCUCGGCAGACGAAGUGCUCGGACUGCUUUUGGAGAGUGGACUGGUCGAUAUUCAAGCGGAGGAUGACAUCAACGAGCGCAACUGUCUCCAUGAGGCGGCGAUCUCCGGACGAGACUACGUGUUCAAGGCCGGACUUGCUGCCGGAGUCGACUUUUCUCUGUCGGAUGUCUACGGUCGUAUUCCUCUCCAUUACGCAUGCAUGCACGGCCGCGUGGACAUGGUGCGGGAGCUGCUGGCGGCUGGCCCGCAAACCGUAAACGUGAUGGACCAUGAUAACUUCAACCCCUUGAUUCACAGUAUUGUCAAGGCGUCCGAGUCAGACCAUAUCCCGCUCAACCUGGCCUGUCAGCAUGGCUCACUCCCCAUCGUGAAGAUGCUCCUGGAGCGCAGCGCGCGCCUGCUCCCUGACGCCGAGGGACUCUACCCGCAGCACAUGGUUGCUCGCGCCUCUCAAUCCCCAGAUUUGCUGCUUUUGUUGAAGGAACAGGGGGCCGACCUCGACCAGAAAGACAAGCUGUAUCAGUGGACUCCGUUGUUCCAUGCCGCCAGCGAAGGAUGUGUGCCCUGUCUGCGAACCCUACUGGAAGCUGGUGUGAAUUCCCAGGUGGUCGACGAGAAGGGCUUGUCGGCCAUGUAUUAUGCUGCUUGGGAGGGACACCUGGAGUGCAUGUUGCUGCUUUGGGCGCAGCCAGCGCAGCAGCAGCCAACCCAGCGGCCCAUGGAUCUCCUGAACGGAGUCAAGUUCCAGGAGGCUGGGCUGAUGGAAGAUAUGGGCACGGAGCGGCGUGCCAGCGCUGCCGACAUGGACAUCGCUGACGGCAUUCCCGACUUGGAGCUUCCGCCGCCGAUCAUCCCUCUCCGUCGAUACGGGCACAACUUCCUGGACAAGAAGGUCUUUGUCCAGCUCCUCUUCGACCAGGGCAACGUGGGGUCCAUUGCCUUUGACCAGGCCGGACGUCACCCCGCCGCGCGUCUGACUAUCUCCUCCAAAAUUUCCGACUUGAUUCCUCGAACCAUCGUCCUCCCGAUCCAGGAUGACUCGCGGACGAUAUCCUUCCACGUUGACAAUCUGGACACUUUUGCUGUGGACUUUGAAAUCUUCCCCACCUUUGGAUCCAAGGUCAUUGCCAAGAGUGUAGCGUUGCCCGUCAUCUUCGCUGCAGAAAAGUCCAGCACCGGCUCAUGUUGUCUGCCUCUCUUCGACCCACGUCUCCGUGCCAUCGGUCAAUUGCGGUUUAACUUCCAGGUCAUCAAGCCCUAUCACGGGGAUCCCUUGGAGAUUACUCACUUUGCGACAUACUGGAAGGCCACCAGCGCGAUCGACUCCGAGCACAACGGUCUGGUUACUGGGUCAAGUUUGUCCGGCGAUUAUGUGCAGCUCUUUGUGCAGCUUACCCGGGACCGCGUUCCUGUUCUCUUUCCUCAAUUUACGAUCAAUCACCAUGGAAUUGAGAUUCCCGUAUGUCAAUUAUCAUACGCCCAAUUCCAGACCAUCGGUGCCGAGGCAGGCAUCAACCGGCAGGAGAUUCUGGAGUUCCUGGCGACGCAGGGAGUUCACGACAUGUCCCAAACACAUCGUCUCUUGGCGGGCUCCUUCAUGUCUCUUCGCGAGGUCCUGCAGCAGCUUCCCAUUGACUUGAACAUCAACUUGUCGGUCCUCUAUCCUUCCGGCAGUGAGGAGAAAGCUCUGGAUAUGACCUCUUUGGCCGACGUCAACAGCUUCGCCGAUGCCAUUCUUACCGACGUUUUCGAUCACGCUCGCAUUGCACGGGAAAAGAGUCCUGACUUUAUGCGCUCACUGGUGUUUACGUCGUACAAUCCGAAUAUCUGCACGGCCCUGAACUGGAAGCAGCCCAAUUAUCCAGUCCUGCUCUGUAACGAUCUUGGCCAGAUUCGGGACCUUGCCGCGAAUGUUGACGCGAUGCCUCAUGUCCACAGUAGUGGUCGGGCGUCCAUGUCUAUCAAGGAAUCGGCACGGAUCGCACAAAGUAACAACUUUAUGGGGUUGAUUUGCCGAUCCAGUCUCUUGAAUGUUGUCCCUGCUCUGGUGGAGACCAUCAAGGAACUUGGUCUCGUCCUGGUGGCUGAUACUUCUGACGAAAUCGGGCAGCCUGAUCGCGGGGACGCGCUGGCCUCGGCGAAUGCCAUGGGCGUGGCAGAAUGGGCGUAUCGCAUGCCCGAUGGUGUCAAUGGUGUCAUGAAAGCCAACGGCGUGCUACGAUUCAACGAUAUGAUCGAUAUGUAA